GGGCGGCCGGACGUGCGGAGCGCCCCGCGGGCCUUGCAGGAGAGGCGGCAGUUCAUCCGGAGGCAGCACCCGGGCUGGCGUGGGGCCAUGGCGCUGCCCUGGAAGCCUGCAGGAGGUUGGCUGGCCAUAGCCGUGGCUGUGACCCUGGCUCUGGGCCCAAGAGCUGGCGUGGCAGCGCCGAGGCAGGACUGCACGGGCGUCGACUGCCCACCGCUGGAGAACUGCAUCGAGGAGGCGCUGGAGCCGGGCGCCUGCUGUGCCACGUGCGUGCAGCGGGGCUGUGCCUGCGAGGGCUACCAGUACUACGACUGUCUGCAGGGUGGCUUCGUGCGAGGCCGCGUGCCCGCCGGCCAGUCUUACUUCGUGGACUUUGGCAGUACCGAGUGCACCUGCCCGCCUGGCGGUGGCAAGAUCAGCUGCCAGUUCAUGCUGUGCCCAGAGCUGCCUCCCAACUGCAUCGAGGCGCUAGUGGUGGCCGACAGCUGCCCUCAGUGCGGCCAGGUGGGCUGCGUCCACAACGGUCGCAAGUACACUGCUGGCCACACUGUACACCUCCCGCCCUGCCGGGCCUGCCACUGUCCUGACACCGGGGGUGAGCUCAUCUGCUACCAGCUCCCUGGUUGCCAUGGAGAUGCAGAGGCUGUGCCUGCUGCAGGCGCCACUGGGAACUUCUCCGAUGCUGAGGAGGGUGACCCUGAGCGACACUAUGAGGACCCCUACAGCUAUGACCAGGAGGUGGCUGAGGCAGAAGCUGCAGCAGCCCUGGCGGGAGAGCUCCAGGUAGGCCCAGGGGGCCCAGCCGCUCUGGGUAGCAGCAGUCACCUGUCCUCCGCCAUCCAGGCCACCCCCUGGCCAGCUGCCCUCCCUAGGCCCACGGCAGCUGCCGCCUUGGGUCCCCCAGCCCCCGUGCAAGCCAAAGCCAGGAGAGUGACUGCAGACAGCCAGGGUGAAGGGCAGGAGGAGACGGAAGCAUUGACUGUUGGGGAGCAGCCAGCAGCAGGUGGCCUGGGGGAGUUGGAUGGACUGCCCACCACAGGGCCAGCUGGGCCUGGUCUCCCUGCCCCAGAGAACGAGGCAGAGGCUAGGGCAGGGCCUGAAGAGAACCUCAUCCCGGAAGCCCAGGUCACUUCCCACGGUGCUGGGCAGGAAGGAGCCAGGUCGGUUCUGGGGUCCAGCACGGCCAGUGUCCUCCCAACACCAUCCACACCGAGCCCUCCUGGGGGCACGAUGAAGCCCAGCACUCACACCAUCUUGACGACAUCUCCUCGCGAGGCAGCCUGGGUCCCACCUACCCAGGAAGUGCCCAAGCAGCCUCCCGCUCUGCCCCGUCCUCGGCCAGGGGAGGACACAGAUCCGAACUCUGUCCAUUCUGUCCCCAGAGGUGAGCCUGAAGUCUCCACCAAGGAUCUGAUCGAGACAUGCUGUGCGGCCGGACAGCAGUGGGCCAUUGACAAUGACGAGUGCCUGGAAAUCCCCGAGAGCGGCGCCGAGGGUGACGCCUGCAGGACAGCCCAGAAGCAGUGCUGUGUGUCCUACUUGAAGGAAAAGAGCUGCAUGGCUGGCGUCCUGGGGGCCAAGGAGGGCGAGGCCUGUGGGGCUGAGGACAACGACACCUGUGGCGUCUCCUUGUACAAGCAAUGCUGUGACUGCUGUGGCCUGGGACUCCGUGUGCAAGCCGAGGGCCACUCGUGCGAGUCGAACCCCAACCUGGGCUACCCCUGCAACCACGUCAUGCUCUCCUGCUGUGAGGGCGAAGACCCCCUCAUUGUGCCCGAGGUCCGCCGGCCUCCAGAGCCUGAGGCCGCACCACGGAGAGUUUCAGAGGCAGAGUUGGCGAGCCGGGAGGCCCUGUCACUGGGCACGGAGACUGAGCUGCCUAACAGCCUUCCGGGCGAUGACCAGGAUGAGUGCCUGCUCCUCCCAGGAGAGCUGUGUCAGCAUCUCUGUAUCAACACUGUGGGAUCCUACCGCUGUGCCUGCUUUCCUGGCUUCUCACUACAGGAUGAUGGCCGCACCUGCCGGCCAGACAGUGACCCCCCACAGCCGGAGGCUGCAGAGGUGUCUGCGUUGAAGCCAGAGGCCCCCCAAGUGGCCGCCAACACCAUCCUGCUACCACAGCCACAGCCCAACACCUGCAAAGACAACGGGCCCUGCAAGCAGGUGUGCAGCAUCAUUGGGGACAGCGCCAUGUGCUCCUGCUUCUCUGGCUACGCCAUCAUGGCUGAUGGCGUGUCCUGUGAAGACCAAGACGAGUGCCUGAUGGGCACUCACGACUGUAGCCUGCGACAGUUUUGUGUGAACACCUUGGGAUCCUUCUACUGUGUCAGCCACACGGUGCUCUGUGCCAAGGGCUUUAUUCUCAACAUGCACAGGAAGUGCGUGGAUGUCAACGAGUGUGUGGCAGACUUACACACGUGCGGCCGGGGAGAGCACUGCGUGAACACCCUGGGCUCCUUCCGCUGCUACAAGGCGCUCACCUGUGAGCCUGGCUACACCCUCAAGGAUGGCGAGUGCACAGAUGUGGACGAGUGUGAGCUGGGCAAACACAACUGCCAGCCGGGCUUCUCGUGUCAGAACACCGAGGGCUCCUUCUACUGCCAGGCGCGGCAGCGCUGCAUGGACGGCUUCCUGCAGGACCCUGAGGGCAACUGCGUUGACAUCAACGAGUGUACCUCGCUGUCCGAGCCCUGUCGGCCAGGCUUCAGCUGCAUCAACACCGUGGGCUCCUAUACGUGCCAGAGGAACCCCCUGCUCUGCAGCCGUGGCUACCACGCCAGCCAGGAUGGGACCAAGUGUGUGGAUGUAAACGAGUGUGAGACCGGCGUGCACCAGUGCGGCGAGGGGCAGGUGUGUCACAACCUCCCGGGCUCCUACCGCUGUGACUGCAAAGUUGGCUUCCAGCGGGACGCCUUCGGCCGGGCCUGCGUCGAUGUGAACGAGUGCUGGAGCUCGCCGGGCCGCCUGUGCCAGCACACGUGUGAGAACACGCCGGGCUCCUACCGCUGCUCCUGCGCGUCCGGCUUCCUGCUGGCUGCUGACGGCAAGCGAUGCGAAGAUGUGAACGAGUGUGAGACCCAGCGCUGCAGCCAGGAGUGUACCAACAUCUACGGCUCCUACCAGUGCUACUGCCGCCAGGGCUACCAGCUGGCCGAGGACGGGCACACCUGCACAGACAUUGACGAGUGUGCUCAGGGCGCCGGCAUCCUCUGUACCUUCCGCUGCAUCAACGUGCCAGGGAGCUACCAGUGUGCAUGCCCGGAGCGUGGCUACGCCAUGACGGCCAACGGGAGGUCCUGCAAGGACCUGGACGAGUGCGCGCUGGGCACCCACAACUGCUCCGAGGCCGAGACCUGCUAUAACAUCCGAGGCAGCUUCCGCUGCCUACGCUUCGAGUGCCCCCCGAACUACGUGCGCGUCUCCGAAAUGAAGUGUGAGCGCACCACGUGCCACGACUUCAUGGAGUGCCAGAACGCGCCGGCACGCAUCACCUACUACCAGCUCAGCUUCCAGACGGGCCUGCUGGUGCCGGCGCACAUCUUCCGCAUCAGCCCGGUGCCCGUCUUCGCGGGCGACACCAUCUCCCUGACCAUCACCAAGGGCAACGAGGAGGGCUACUUCGGCACACGCCCGCUCAACGCCUACACGGGCGUCGUGUACCUGCAGCGCUCCGUGCGUGAGCCCCGGGACUUCGCCCUGGACGUGGAGAUGAAGCUUUGGCGUCAGGGCUCCGUCACCACCUUCCUGGCCAAGAUGCACAUCUUCUUUACCACCUUUGCCCCGUGAGGCGCCCGCCUGAGCGCGCUGUGGGGGCCGUGGAACGCGGGGUCUUCUUGCCACAUCCCUGCACCAGCCCCGCAGCCCUGCCGGUGCACACUUUUUUUGUGGUUACUGAGCACCGCGUGUGUGGGGCUGGGUUGUGGUGGCGGUUUUUACUAUAACUCUGUAACUUAACUUAACGUUGCUGACUCGAUUGUUCUGGAUUCUGGGCCGAUCCUGUGCUUUAGCCUGUGGGAGGGGUCAAGGCCCCAGGAGGUGUGCAGAAGCUUUGAGGGCCAUUCACAGUCACUGUCAGUGCUCUGUGGCUGGAGUCAGAGGGCCAGAAGCUGAAGAGUGACUGAAGACGAAGCACAGCAGCCGCGAUGAGGUGUCUGGACUUAACUGGGCGACCUGUCCCCAAAGCUGAUAUUCCAUUUCAUAUUCCAUUGUGAUUUGCUCUUUGAAAAAAAAAUCAUGUUAAGUGUUUUUGUUGAAUUGUAGUAUGUGCACAUGGCAAAAAAUAUAUUCAAAUAGUAACAACGGGUUAUAAAGUUAAAAAGUAAAAAAAGAAAAGGA